AUGGGCUUAGUUGAGGCAAAAAGUGGAGCGGGUCAUGGAGCGGGUCGAAGAACAACAAAUGCUGUAAUCGAAAAAAAACCUAGGAACGCUAAUGGCCGCCGCUGGAUCCCUUCCUCCCUUCUCGUUGGGGUUGUGGUGAUGGUGAUGUGCGUUGGCAGUUUACAAAGAAACUAUGAAGAUAAAGUUGCGGAUUCAAUAUUGUUGUCAAUGAGGAAGAUUCAUGAAGAUGUGAAGCAGAGAAAAUUUAGAGAAAUCUUCGAACACUUUUGGGAUUAUGAAGGCUUAGCAGAAAUUGUGGUUGAAUGUGUUGCUGAUAAGAUUGUAUUGAAUGGUGGUUUGUAA